AUGGCCUCCCGACUCCUCCCACGGCCAUUCCAGGCCCGCCUCACCACAACCAUCCUCCCACCCACCCGCGCCCUCAGCGCCCGCAGCGCCCGCGCCGCACGCCUACGCCGACGCCAACCCACCACCACCUCGUCCACCAGCACCAGCGCCUCCCCCUCCCCCUCCCACCCGCCGGCCGCCGCCCAACCCAUCCCCAACACAAACACCUACCCCGCCACCGCCUCCCCGCGCUCCAGCCUCCUCGACCCGACCGACCCUCUCAACCUCCUCGGCGGACCACAACGACAGCGCUGCGACGACCCCCACCAGCCAGCGAUCCACUUCUUCGAGCAGGACGUCUCGCAAAUAGGCGAGUCCGCCCCGCAACCGGUCAACCUCGCGCGGAUGGAAGCGGACGAAGCGCGCGCAGCGGAGCUACGGGCCAAGAUCGCGCGGCUGGAGAGCGAGAUCGACCAGAUCGAGAACAGCGACGAGGCGGAGUUGGACGCGACGCUGAUGCGGUUGCGGGCGGUGUAUAAUAAUGAUGAUGACGGUAUUAUCGACGUCGGCAAGGCGCAGGCCGAGGGGAACGGGGAGGAGUUUGUGGAGUUGCUAGGCGACGCGGAGCCGGAGCAGGUACGGGCGGAGCUGGAGGCGCUGAGGGUGCGGGGCGUUAGUGGUGGUAGUGGCAGUAGUGACAAAAGGAUAAAGGAGAGUGUGGCAAGGCUGAACAACUGUCUGCGGCACGCGUACCUCGCGACGGAUCCGCAGGCGCGGCCCGUCAUCCGGCAGGAGCUGUGGAAGGCGUACAAGCGCGCCAAGAUGCAUGUGGGUUCGGGACUGCUCCAGUGCAUUCCGCCGCCUGCGUGGGACUUGCUGUUUUACAGCCAGGCGGUGCGGUGGAAGAGCAACGAGAAGAGGGACGAGCACGUGCGCGAGCUGCUGGCUGAUAUGAAGAGCGUGGGCAUGGAUGGGCCGCCGACGAGACCGCCGGAUGGGAAGAAGCCGUUGGAGGUGGUUGAUUGA